GGGGGCGGGACAGAACGCGGAAGCGGAAGCGGCGGUGGGUGGCGGAACUCCGCGAGCUUCUGCCCCACGUGUGCGAAGUAGUAUGAUGGAAGUCAAAGGGAAGAAAAAAAUUGCAGGAAAGAGUCCACAGGCAUCACAAGGAAAGAAUAGAUUUCAUAAAAACAGUGAGUCUAAUUCUUCAAAGACAUUGCCAAGGAAAGCUGUUAAGGAUGGUGGACCUAAAGUCACAUCUAAGAACUUUGAGAAAGGUGCUACAAAACCCAGCAAGAAGGGUGUGAAGCAGUUCAAGAACAAGCCACAAGGGGGCAAAGGACCGAAGGACAAAUUUCAGAAGGCAAAUAAAUUCAACAAGAAGAGGAAAUUCCAGCCAGAUGGUAACAGUGAUGGAUCAACAGCCAAGAAACCCAAGUGGGAUGACUUCAAAAAGAAGAAGAAAGAGCUGAAGCAGAGCAGGCAGCUCAGUGAUAAGACCAACUACGACAUCGUGGUUCGAGCAAAGCACAUUUGGGAGAGCUUGAGAAGAAAAGAUUGUGACAAGGAAAAACGAGUGAAGCUCAUGAGUGAUUUGCAGAAGUUGAUUCAAGGGAAAAUUAAAACUAUUGCCUUUGCACAUGACUCCACUCGAGUGAUCCAGUGCUUCAUUCAGUAUGGGAAUGAGGAGCAGAGGAAGCAGGCUUUCGAAGAAUUGCAAGGUGACUUGGUUGAAUUAAGUAAAGCCAAAUAUUCCAGGAAUAUCGUUAAGAAAUUUCUCAUGUAUGGAAGUAAACCACAGGUUGCGGAGAUAAUCAGAAGUUUUAAAGGUCACGUGAGGAAGAUGCUGCGGCAUUCAGAGGCAUCGGCCAUUGUGGAGUAUGCAUACAACGACAAAGCCAUUUUGGAACAGAGGAACAUGCUGACAGAGGAGCUCUAUGGGAACACAUUUCAGCUUUACAAGUCAGCAGAUCACCCGACUCUGGACAAAGUGCUAGAGGUGCAGCCGGGAAAGCUAGAGCUUAUCAUGGAUGAGAUGAAGCAGAUUCUGACUCCGAUGGCCCAAAAGGAAGCUGUGAUUAAGCAUUCACUAGUUCAUAAAGUCUUCUUGGACUUUUUUACCCAUGCACCCCCAAAACUUCGAUCAGAACUAAUUGAAGCCAUCAGGGAAGCAGUGGUGUACCUGGCCCACACACACGAUGGCGCCAGAGUGGCCAUGCACUGCUUGUGGCAUGGUACACCCAAGGACAGGAAAGUGAUCGUGAAAACAAUGAAGACAUACGUGGAGAAGGUUGCUAAUGGCCAGUACUCUCAUUUGGUCCUCCUGGCAGCGUUUGAUUGUAUCGAUGACACUAAGCUUGUGAAGCAGAUCAUCAUAUCAGAGAUCAUCAGUUCCUUGCCCAGCAUAGUUAAUGACAAAUAUGGAAGGAAAGUUCUGUUGUACUUGCUGAGCCCCAGAGAUCCCGCCCACACGGUGCCAGAGAUCAUUGAGCUUCUGCAGAAGGGCGAUGGCAACGCGCACAGUAAGAAGGACACUGCAAUCCGCCGGCGGGAGCUCUUGGAGUCCAUUUCUCCAGCUUUGCUGAGCUACCUACAAGGACACACUCAAGAAGUGGUGCUGGAUAAGUCUGCAUGUAUUCUGGUGUCUGAUAUCCUGGGAUCUGCUACUGGAGAUGUUCAGCCUGCUAUGGAUGCCAUCGCUGGUUUGGCAGCAGCAGAACUGUAUCCUGGUGGCAAGGACGGCGAGCUUCAUGUCGCUGAGCAUCCUGCCGGACAUCUGGUUCUCAAAUGGUUAAUAGAGCAAGAUAAGAAGAUGAGAGACAGUGGGAAAGAAGGUUGUUUUGCGAAAACCCUUGUAGAGCAUGUUGGUGUGAAGAACCUCAAGUCCUGGGCCAGCAUCAACCGAGGAGCCAUUAUUCUUUCCAGCCUUCUUCAGAGCUGUGACCAAGAAGUUGUAAACAAAGUCAAAGCUGGACUGAAAACCCUGAUCCCUACCUUGGAAAAAAACAAAAGCACCAGCAGAGGCAUCCAGACUCUGCUUGAGAAACUGACUGCAUAGGCAUGCAGGAUGGGCAAGCAGGAACCCGCUUCCCAGAGGAGAAGGGCAGACUAUCAUACUCAUAACUGGAUGCUCUGUGCAUGUAUUUGUUAAAGGACCUAUUUAUAUAAAAUUGUUUCUAAAAGAGA